UUCAUCAUCAUCAUCUUCUUCUUCUUCUUCUUGAAUUUUGCCCAAUGGAUCGAGCUUUUGAAAGAACCAAAAUACUAACCGAUCAUCUCCUCCAAUCCUCUCCUUCGCCUGUCCAAACAUCUCUUUCUUCAAACGCCUGUUUCAACUACACUCUCCCGGAACUUUCCGAAAAGUACGCAUUUGACACCAAGGAGAUGCGGCGGCUAAUCGACGGGCACCACUUGGAGGUAAGGGACCGGCUUUUUGGGAUGAUGAGCCAGAGCAAGUUGUUCAACCCCAGAGUGAGGGGAGGGAAGGUGUUCGUAUCGCCUGACUAUAACCAGCCCAUGGAGCAGCAAAGAGAGAUAACGUUGAAGCGCAUUGACUACUUGUUCGAAAGAGGGGCGUUCAAAGGAUGGUUAACGGAGCAAGGUGAAGAGAUUGAGUUGAGGAAGUUCGCUAGCUUUGAGGUUUUUGGUACCUUCGAUCAUUCCAUGGGAACUAUGCUCGCAGUUCACUUCUUCUUGUGGGGCGGUGCAGUCCAAGUUUUCGGUACCAAACACCAUCAUGACAAGUGGCUGAGGGACACCGAAGCUCACGUCGUCAAGGGCUGCUUUGCCAUGUCUGAGUUGGGGCAUGGAAGUAAUGUUCGCGGAGUUGAAACAGUAACAACAUAUGAUUCAAAUACACAGGAGUUUGUGAUUAAUACUCCAUGUGAAUCAGCUCAGAAGUUUUGGAUUGGUGGGGCAGCCAAUCAUGCAACACAUGCAAUCGUGUUUUCACAGCUAAAUAUCAACGGAAGCAAUCAAGGAGUUCAUGCAUUUAUAGCCCAAAUCAGGGAUGCUGAUGGUUAUCUAUGUCAAAACGUUCGGAUUGCUGACUGUGGUCGUAAAAUUGGUCUAAACGGUGUCGAUAAUGGUCGAAUCUGGUUUGACAAUGUUCGAGUGCCCAGACAGAACUUGUUAAAUUCAGUAGCUGAUGUUUCAGCUGAUGGAAAAUACCUAAGUUCAAUUAACGACCCAGAUCAGAGAUUUGCUGCAUUCCUGGCCCCUCUGACAAUAGGUCGUGUUAGUAUUGCAACCAGUACCGUUUAUAUAUCAAAGGCUGGCUUAACAAUUGCCAUAAGGUAUGCGCUAACAAGACGGGCUUUUUCUCUUAAACCAAAUGAACCCGAGGUCUUAUUGCUUGAUUAUCCAAGUUAUCAACGACGACUCUUGCCUCUCCUUGCGAAGACCUAUGCUAUGAGUUUUGCAUCACAUUACUUGAAAAAGCUUUUCGUGAAGAGGACACCGCAGUCAUACAAAACCAUUCAUAUAUUUUCAAGUGCAUUCAAAGCUACUUUUACUUGGAAUAACUUGCAUAUACUUCAGGAAUGCCGUGAAGCUUGUGGAGGACAAGGGUUAAGGACCGAGAAUCAUGUCGGUCAAUGGAAAGCUGAAUUUGAUGUUCAAUCCACUUUUGAGGGAGACAACAAUAUUUUGAUGCAGCAGAUAAGCAAGGCUCUACUCGCUGAAUAUGUGGCAGCUAAGAAGAGAAAAAAGGCUUUCAAGGGUCUGGGGUUAGAGCACAUGAAUAAGCCCUGCCCUGUCAUUCCAUCACAGCUUACUAGCACUGCUCUCCGUUCCAGUCAAUUCCAGAUGGAUGCCUUGUGCUUAAGGGAGAGAGAUCUUUUAAAUCGUUUCGCAGCUGAGAUCUCACACUAUCAAGCCAAGGGACCAAGUAAAGAGCAUGCCUUCAAUAUGAGUUAUCAGAUAGCAGAGGACUUGGGCAGAGCUUUCACAGAUCGAUCUAUAUUUCAAGCUUUUGCUGAGGCAGAAGCAACUUUAGCCGCUAGUUCAUUGAAGGAUGUCCUAGGUAUGGUGAGAUCAUUGUAUGGCUUAAUUUGUGUGGAAGAUGCUUCGUUUCUCCGAUAUGGGUAUCUAUCAGUGGAGAAUGCUGCUGCUGUAAGGAGCGAAAUAACGAAAGUCUGCGGUGAACUUCGACCACACGCACUUGCUUUAGUCAGUUCCUUUGGCAUUCCUGAUGCUUUUCUGAGCCCUAUAGCAUUUAACUGGAUUGAUGCAAACUCAUGGUCUUCAAUUCAGCAUUGAUAGGGCGUUGUUCUACCAAUUCCAGUUAAACCAAAGGUCUACUACUCAUUGCCAGCCACUCUUUUAAUAAGCUAGCCUUCAUCAGAUUUU